GACAGGUUGGUGCUGCCCGGCUGGCACUGCCCCAACUGCCAUGUGCAGUACAACAUCGAUGCCAUUGAGAUGGCGCUGGUGGAAGCCCUGCAGAAGAAGCUGAUGGCCUUCGUGCUCCAGGACCUGGUGUGCAGAAAGUGUCGUGCCGUGAAGGAGACGCACAUGCCUGUGUACUGCAGCUGUGCUGGAGACUUCACCCUCACCAUCUCCUCCCAGGCCUUCAUGGACCAUGUCAGUGUCUUCCAGAACAUCGCCCGGCACUAUGGCAUGGCCUACCUGCUGGAAACCAUUGAAUGGCUGCUGCACACUAACCUCCAGCUCCAGCAGUGAGGCCUGGACUGCUCUUCCUCCAUACUCUCCAUCUCCAUGCUCUCACAUCCAUGGAGAGUAGUACUGGACCCCCUUGGGCAGGAGCCAGACUAAAGAGACAUGGCACACCCCUCCUGCAGUGAGGGAAGGGAGGGAGAGCUGUGCUUGGGACUGGGUUGUCUUCCCCCAGCUGCCUGGUGGGGGACUUGGGAGUUUCCAGUGGCUGGAGCUGUGCUCCACAGAUCUGUGCUGGCCCCAGGUAUGGUUUUAAUUUUCACUUUCUUUAAAUAAAUGAGUGGUAAAAGGCAAGGGAGGAAUCAGAGGCUGUGGUUGCCAGUGCCUGUGGUACCACUGAUAGCCUGGGACAUACUGAUGGCUGUGGUACCACUGGCUUCACCCCAUCCUCAGCCCAGCACGAGGCAGGCAGUGCCUACAGGUGCUGCCUACACCUGCCAGCAGGUCCUGCCUGAGGGCAGCUGGCUGUGGUGGGGCGACUUCCAUGUGCUAGUGCGCUUGGGCAGGCUUGGCCCGAGCACUUGUCAG